AAACAAUGCGUGCGGAAUUGGGAAAACGUCGCCAACAACGCGUCACCGUCAGCGUCAAAGCCGUUUGCCAACAAUAACAAACACAGCAACAACAACAUACACGCCAGCAGCAGCAGCAGCAACAAACAUUGGCAGCGUCAGCGGCCGCGGCCACGGCCAUGGCGUAUCGAACACCAAAACCCCACAUUCAGUAUCUUUGAAGACUUUCGCGCGAAAUGUUGUGCCGGUGAUAGCAGCUGAAGCAACGAAAUACAAACAAAAAAUUUGAAACAGAAAAUUAAAAUAAAAAAGUGAACUGAGUGAACGUGCGCAGGCGUAAAAGGGUGCGUGUUCGUUACGUAUGUGGUUUUAAAGCGACGUGAUUAAAAUAAAAAGGUGAUUUGUUGCGACAAUAGAAUAUAACAAAAUAACGGUAAAUGUGUUAAUCAUCUAUAUGUAUAUGAGAAUAUGCUUAUAUCUCAGUACUUAUAAGAACAGAAGUCACAGUCGACGUAACAAGUAAAUAAGGCAUAAAACCAAUUUGUGUGCUCUGUGAAGUGCAUACAAAAUCAAAUCAACAGUUAUUCGCAUGUCUUGCCACAAUUAGUGGCAUGCAACAGGUAGCGCAAUUAAAGAAAACCGUUUUGAAGCAAAAUUGCAGAAUGCAAAAAAUCUCAAACUGAAGCACUUACAAAAACAACAAACACGAAAACAACAACAACAACCAAAUAAUCAACAUUGCAACAACAAAAAAUAGAAAAAGGAAAAAAGUGUUAUAACAACUACAACAACAAUAAUAAAAAAUCAAGUGUAACAACAACAACUCACGCAUAUUAGUUGCUUUUAAACGCAACUAAACACUGUUAAUUGCAUAAUCAUUAAUACAUAAAUAUAGAGACAUAAACGUGCCACUGAGUGCGUGCCAGCUAGCGAACGAGCGUCUGUGUGCGUGUGCCAGCUGUGUUUGUUGUAAGUGUUGCAUGUGUUGCAUAUAAGCGAAAUGCUCAAAAUGUGCCACUUACGUCAAUUACAAUUUAUUCUAAUAAUAAUUUCCUGCCUACUGUUGAACGUUACAACAACAACAACAACGACAACAGCAGCGAACACAUCGACAGCGUCCGUAAAAAAUGGCAAAACAACCGCAACAACCGAUGAUCUGGGCGCGCCCAGUGUCGCCGCCGCCAAUGUGAUUCCGGGAAAAUAUCAUGCCUACACACAGCAUAAGCAACAACAACAGCAACAACAACAACCGAAGAAGCUGCAUGUGUCAGCCAUAGCAGCAGCGCAGUCGCAGCCAGCGCAAAAACAACAACAAUAUAAAUACCAACAACAACAACAAACGCGACAACAACGUGUGGACGCUGUCAAACCUGUCGCUGUUCCCAGCAGCAAGUUGAAUCCCAUCAGAAAUUGGUUUGGCAUAUUUAAUCGGAACAACGCACAGGCGACAGCGGCCGCAGCGACGGCGACGGCGCAUGACACAACGACAACAACAUGCAAUUGCAGAUGCGGCGAACGCAAUGACGAAUCACGCAUUGUUGGCGGACAGACGGCGGGCGUUAGCGAAUAUCCAUGGAUGGCGCGUCUCAGCUACUUCAAUCGUUUCUACUGUGGCGGCACGCUUAUCAACGACCGUUAUGUACUGACCGCAGCGCAUUGUGUCAAAGGUUUCAUGUGGUUUAUGAUCAAGGUGACAUUCGGUGAACACGAUCGUUGCAAUGAUAAAGAGCGUCCGGAAACACGUUUCGUGCUGCGUGCGUUCAGUCAAAAGUUCAGCUUCUCCAAUUUCGAUAAUGACAUAGCGCUGUUGCGUCUCAACGAUCGUGUGCCGAUUACGAGCUUCAUACGUCCGAUCUGUUUGCCACGCGCUUUCGAACGCAACGAUCUCUUCAUUGGCACUAAAGGUAUAGCGACCGGUUGGGGUACGUUGAAGGAGGAUGGUAAACCAUCUUGUUUGCUGCAAGAGGUGGAGGUGCCCGUGCUGGAUAAUGAACAUUGUGUCGCGCAAACGAAUUACACACAAAAGAUGAUUACGAAGAAUAUGAUGUGCGCCGGUUAUCCGGGUGUGGGUGAGCGUGACUCCUGUCAGGGUGAUUCUGGUGGGCCGCUGGUGCGUAUGCGUCCCGAUGACAAGCGUUUCGAACAGAUUGGCAUCGUGUCGUGGGGUAACGGUUGUGCACGACCCAACUAUCCGGGUGUGUACACACGUGUCACCAAGUAUUUGGACUGGAUUAUGGAGAAUUCGAGAGAUGGCUGCUUUUGCGAUGAGGACGAUUGAAGCGGAUGUGGUGGUGGUGGUGUGCGAGCGUGGUCGGGUUCGAAUGCAGUGGAGAGCGCGUUUUUUUAUGUUUAACGGAUUUAUAUUUUGAUAAUAAUUUAGGGGGGUUUCGAAGUACGGAAAUACGAGCGGUUGGGGUUCUUUUGGUUUUGCUAAAAGCAACUGUGGGUCCGUUUAUAAAGUAGUCGAUUAAUUUGUACUUAUUUAAUAUAAUUUUUUGUAUUCUUAUAUGUAAUGUGCAACGCAUAUAUAAAUAAAUAAAUAGUGAAAGUAAAUAUAUAUUCAGCUGGG